CACGGCGCUAGAUCAGAUCCACCAGCGGUCGAUGCUAGAUCACAUCAGUCAGAAGCUCGUUUUACAUUGUGCGGACGCUGCGCAAAGUCAAUGCUUCUUUAGUAAAGCUUCUUUAGUCGCGUUUCUUGAGUAAAACCGAUAUUUUGCUUCGGAAUUAGAAGUCCACAGACAUUUUCUUCUUCAUUGGCGGAGACAUUGGAUUAACGAUGCAUUUCAAUUGAUUAAGAUAAAUCACUCUUACGGGGAGGUAUUGGAUUACACUCGACAAGUUGUACUUAAGGUUCUUCACAUCCACCCCGGAGGGAUUGCGAUAGUGGAGACGGCACAACCCGAUGCCACCAAUUAGGUUUCAACAUAUCCCGUCAUUACGCUUCAAGCGAGUCUGGAGAGGAAACUCGGCAGUUUAAUAUGAUACCUCAGUGAAAGAAUCAAACCAUUUAUCUUUGGUUUAAAGACUGAAUUACGGCUUGAAGGCUGAUUGUGUUCGGCUGAUGAAAACAAGGUCUCCAUGGCAGGGAUGAGAACAACUGAAUAAUUCACUAGCUACAGUCACUAGUGGGCUGCGGACUGAUGACACGAACGAGUGAUUUGCCCUUAGAGCCAACGGUACUCUGGAAAUUUACAAGCGAGGAUUGGAGGUAUCAGCCAGUAUAUGGCUCAGAGCUAGCUCUGCCAGUCGACGCUUGGCAGUUGUAGUGUGGCGAAAAGGUAGAGACCCCAAACAAACCUUGUUAUCGUGUUACAAUCUGCGGGGUUCAUAUCAAAAUUUGUAAUCAUGGGCAUAAGACACAGAUCGUAAGUUGUCAGGAGAUGGAGGUAAAAAAGAAGUUAACACCCAAGAAUCCUGUUUAAAGCUUAAGAGAGUGAGAGAGUUUAUUAUGAAGGAAUAUAUCUGUUGUGUAGGAGACAAGAAAGUAGUGGCUAAUAAAUCUUUAAUCAAAGGAAAGGGUAAGACGAUAGCCUCAGUCCUUUAAAGGAAUUGUAGAACAUAUUCUCGUCGACAGGCACUAACCUUCUUAAUUGCCAUAGCAACGCCCGGAGGUUCAGAAAAGGGGCAUUUCGACGCACAAGGAAUUCGAAGGGCCAACGUGACAUUGAACCCAAAUCGUCCAAAGGUUAGGAGAGGCUGCCAAGUGACCUGGAGGAACACUCAAGACACAACAGGAUCUGUUUAUUUCGGUUCACCGAUUUUGCGGAGACUCGUAGCACUGUUCUGCGCAACAUCCAUUUGCCCCUAGGAUACCUAACAGCAUAGUUGGCGAGGGAUGGUGUCUUGAAACCAUUUUCAAUACAGCGCAAAGAAGGAUUGUGAAUAAGGUCACUUUUGUAGCCAAUGAAUAAUGUGUUGAUUCAUCCUUGCUAUAGAGCUACGGAAAAGUUUAUUUCAGUGGAUUUCUUGGAUAUACUACACGGGAAGUCGAUAAGAAGAUUACACAAACAACCCCUUGUGUUUUUCUCCCAUUUCUGCCCGAGGUUAUGCCGGCAGACGAGCCAAGACUAGCGCGUUCCCAGCAUGCCGUACGAGCCGUCGGACGUAGUGGGCUACCCGUCCCCACCUGAAUCAAGCUACCAAAACAUCUCCGGGAUCGUCAGCAUCGUGGUCGAGGCAUUGAUGGUCUUUGCCAACAUCUUUCCCAUUCUUGUUGUCUGCAAGUGGAAGCGUCCGCGGGAAAGAAUGAGUACCGAUGAGAUUAUCGUCGCGCUAAGUAUUACAGACAUUCUGUCAGUUGUAAUCCCGUCCCCUCUUGGGUUGAUUUCUUAUUUUAGCAGACGGUGGUAUGGCGGCUACCGUACAUGCGCAUUCUACCAAUUGACAACUUCCUGGUUUCAGUUAACGUCGGUUUUUUUAGUGACGUACAUGUGUGUGGACCGAUUCCUCGUGGUCCGGGCAGCUACGCAACAGAAGAUUCAAAUCCCAACGAACCCAAAAGUAAAAGUUGUAGUAUUCGGUAUCUAUAUAUUCACCCUCAUCAUAUCCUGUCUCCCAUUAUCAGGACUAGCCCCGGAGGCGCUGUCUAAAUCGGGGAAACUCUGCCAAAGUUGGAUUAUAGCAAUACCUAAAGAACUCAAGGAGCACGCUUUUUAUAUCACAUUCAUUUCAUUAGGAUUUCUCAACCUAUUAACGGUCAUUUGUGUCAAUUCUCGGGUGGUGUGUAUACUCAAGGCGUUUAUGAAGAAACUUGACCAGGAAAGUAAGCUUGAGGGAAAGUCUUUGGGAUUAGCUGUGGAUAAGAAAGCGGUCAUUGACUGUAGCAAGAUGGUAGUCAUGAUUACAGUUGUGUCCUACUUGGCAUGGUUACCAGCUUUGAUCAUGAUUCUACUGCUUAAGAUUGACCACAACAUCAGUAUAGCAGCCGUCCUGUAUGCCAUGGCCAGUACUACCCUCACGGGGCUCUUCAAUCCCGUCAUCUACGGUCUAUUCUCACCCUCCUACCGCCAAGGAUACAAGGGGGUCCUGAGAAGUCUCUGUCACAUAUUAUGUGGGUGUCGGAAAGAGGAUUUUGAAAUUAUAGAUGAUGUCAGCACAAGAGCCAGCCGACUUCGUUCCACUGAAAACAGCAGCCGAUCCUUCGCCUCCAUUUUAUCGCCAACAGACCGCCGGCCGGAACAUGGCGACUACAUUACCGCAUCAGACAGCUUCCUGUUAGAGGAAGAGGUGGAACCAGGGAAUGGAACGAGGGAGAUUUACAUGUCUUCCGCAGACGGAUAUUCUGCUGAACCGCACAUGCGCAGUGCAACAAACGGUAGACCUAUAAACUGCGUCAGAAAUGACAAAGGCAAAGAUAACGUCUCGCUGACGCCGAGAAAGUUUGCCAAAUUCAGUACUUUUCAAAAUUACAUUUUUAGCCAAAAGGGGAAAUCCUCGUGUAAGGACGAAUUAGGCUCAGAUUCCAGUUUGCUGUCUUCGGAUGAUGAAGACAGUGAUGGGAGUUAUGGAUGUGAGGGCCAAGAUCAAAGGUUUAUUCAGCCGCAAAUAGGUGUCCCCACACCCAGGUUACUGACAACUCGAGUGAGAGUUGAAGAGAGUAUGAUAUGAUUAUACAAGUAAAGAACAUGACAUAUCAUUGAACAUGUAUUUGUAAAUACCAAUUGGCACCAUAUUGGGUGCAACUCGACACCUACAAAGACAUUGUAAUACAAUGGUGACCUCAUCUGUGUCGCCAAAAUGGGCAACUUUACCAAAAUGAUGAUUCCAACAAUAUCUCCACUGAUACCAAAAAUGAGAUUAUAGGACUGAGCUGAUCAAACCGAUCGUUCUGGAGGUAGAAGACAAAUCAAGUAGUGGGUCCAGUCCUUGACAGCUCCAGCUCACAAACUGUGCUUGGCUUUUUUUCCAGCUUCAUGGUCAGAUUACUACGGAUG